AUCUUUGCGAAGCCGCCAGUUUGGUUUUCAUCGUGGCCUUUUUGGCCUUCAGCAUCAACCCUGUCCAAACAUACAUGUAGUAUCAGGUCUUCUCCUCACGAUAAUCCACAAACGAAGCAACUCUGAUUUAGCGGGUGUGACGAAAGGGUUCUGUAUUCUAGGAUAAAUACGUACGGUAGCCAAAUGGUAACAAUCUCCUCAAGAUCUCGAAGGCUGAUCCGUUACAGGGAUUCUACCAACCUCCUCUUGGAUAUCUCGCCGACCACACGGAAUUGGAUUCUGGGCUGUUUCUUGCUAUCGUAUGUCGUCUACUUGAUCCAUGUGGGGAUUGGAUAUCUUCCCGAGUGGGUGGAUCAUGACAUGAUUUAUCUAUUUCAGGCAUACUCUCGCGAUGACUGGAAUCAGUUUCAACUGGACUACAAGCAACGCUUUGGUAGGGACACACCCGCAUCGUUGGAGUCCUGGCACCGCUAUGCCAAGUACCAACAGUGCAGCGAGACGGAGUUUUACGAUUCUUUGGAUCGAGAUAUGGAAACCUUUCGAAGACAAAUCAAUGCCACUGGUGGCAAUUUGUUGGAUUAUUCCCAGGUGGUACCAUCUGGUUUGGCACAGACCAACAACUACAUGGCAUUUCAGUUGCAGCAGCACCAGCUAACCGUGAUUAUGAGUCGCAAUAUACACAACAAUCAACAACAACAAGACGAAAUUGAACAGAACUUUCGAUGGUUGUUGCGACCGCUGGUGGGACAUUCUCCACCCAUCUCGGCCAUUUUCUUUUUUGAUUUGCACGACCAUCCCACGGAAAAAUCCACACAGGACUCCAUGCCCAUCUUUACCGUCUGUCGCAUGAGUUACUUUACAGACGAUCAACCGGUACCCUCCGAACAACAGCUAGAAGCACUGCUCUCUGAUGCUGCAGUCGAUGGUACAAAUAAUGGAGUAUUUCUACGCCAUUCCUCCAAUGCGAAACUACCUUCCAGCAAAACUCUUGCCAAUAGGAUAGUGGACCAUGCAUUCCAUCCAGACUUCCCAGAUUCCUACAACACCAGGGCAUUGAUGAUGCCCUUUCAUUUUGCACUGGAAGGGAAUGAUAUUGAGCCAGGUCCUGCGUUUUCCAAGCGAAAAGAUGCCAUUGUCUGGAGAGGGAGUACCACGGGAUAUGACUGGGGGGCAUCACCACGAUUUCAACUGGUACAACAAUACGGAGGCACCCAGCCGUAUCAAGCAUCGUCGGAAAGUACGACAACUAUUGACUUUGCCUUUACCAAUGUCUGUCAAAACAGUUCCACAGAUACGUUGCCACCCGAGACUAGAUUUGCGGCUCGGAUGGGAGAUGAGGAGACACAGCAAAACAAGUACAUUAUGGAUGUCGAUGGAAAUGCAUUCACAUCCCGAUUCCCUCGAUUACUGAAAUCCGGUUCUGUCAUUUUCAAAUCGACACGGUUUCGAGAAUGGUAUUCAGAACGCUUGAAACCGUACGUGGACUAUAUACCAGUCAACUACAAUCUGACGGAUCUUUUGGAAAAGAUUGCUUGGGUAGAGGCACAUCCCAAGGCAGCCGAACAAAUCAUGCAACACGGCAGAUUCACGUCGGAAAAGUACUUGUCCAAGACGGAAAUGAAAUGCUACGUCUAUCGCUUGAUGUUGGAAUAUCAUACACUGUUUCAGCCACAACAAUCUGCAUCAUCAUCAUGAUCAUCGCCCCAAAAAGAAUGGCUAGCCAUGACUACCGCGAGUGACAGUCGAACUAUCAAACAGUGGCUUAUAUCUUCACCAGUACGGUCCAUGAAAGAAAGAGCUAUGAAGCAUCUGCUGGGAGGUUGAUCGCAUCACAUGCGACACUUGCUGGCCUUAGCAUUGAAAGGCGGGAACUGCUACCGUACAUGUACACGACUUGGCAUCGAGUUGAGUUGGCCAAUCGUCACGUUGAUUUUUUCCCACAACCAGAAGUGAGAACAGAACUACUUGUGCAGCAGCAGCAACAUCAACAUCUGCUAUCGAGUGGUAGCUGAAACGGUUUGGUUUGGAAAGGGUCGGCGCACUUGUACCGGUACCUACAGCAACAAAGAACAAUCCUGACCCUUCCGCUGAAAGGUGUGACGAAAAGCCACUGAGCCAUGGCCUUUUCGACGCUUGCCCAGGCAUGCAGCUACUCGAGUCGAGUCCUACAUGUAAGGUUUGAAUUAUGUCUAGUUUGCGCAUUUGUUCGAGCAGCUUCUUUUGAGAAUAGCAAUAAGCUGCAAAACUUAAUAAUCACAUCUAGCUAGCCAUUCCUGCAAUGC